AAGUUUGUGUUCUGAUGACUGCAACUUCCGUUUCAGAUAAAAGUAAGCUGGAAAGGCGACUCGUGAAGCAGCGAGUUAUUUCCUCUACAGCUAAAUCAGUAGACGAGGUUUAUUCAGAAUAAGUCCUUGUUCAUCGUGUAUUAUAGGACAAUUACCCACAUAUAAACCCUAAUUUUCUUUCCAACCCAAUUUCAAAGAAGAAUGGAAGAUGUUACUCUAAUUCCUACUGGUUAGGGCUUUGAUCCGAGCGUGCGGCAACGGGUUUCUCACAUCAGAGGCGGCGAGGGGACGAACAAGGGUUCAACCCGAAGUAUCCUUGUUGCUGGAUAAUUGAGCAGACCGUUGUAUCUUUUAGAAGUGACUUGGAAGUGGAACCUGAAUGUUGCUGUGGUAAUUAUGGAUUCUUCUCUUGUCUUGGCUAACCCAGUUUUGGAGCCUCAUUAUGAUAUAGAAUUUGAAUCUCAUGAAGCUGCAUAUGCAUUUUACAAAGAAUAUGCUAAGUCUGCGGGGUUCGGUACUGCUAAGUUGAGCAGUCGCCGGUCUAGGGCGUCGAAGGAAUUUAUUGAUGCCAAAUUUUCAUGUAUAAGAUAUGGUAAUAAGCAGCAAUCUGAUGAUGCAAUUAAUCCACGUCCCUCUCCAAAAAUUGGUUGUAAAGCUAGCAUGCAUGUGAAGAGAAGACAAGAUGGCAAGUGGUAUGUCUAUAGCUUUGUGAAGGAGCACAAUCAUGAGCUUUUACCUGCUCAAGCUCAUUUUUUUCGGAGUCACCGGAGUUCUGACCCGUUAAGUAAUGAUGUUCGGAUGCGAAGACGGAAGAACUCAACUGCAGGUUGUAAAUUAUUUGGUGCAUAUCAAAAUGUUGAUUGUUUAGAGAACUUUAUGAAACAUCAACAUGAUAAAGGACGGAGUUUGGUUUUAGAAGCAGGGCAUGCCCAAUUGCUUCUUGAACUCUUCAUGCACAUGCAAGAAGAGAAUCCAAAAUUCUUCUAUGCAGUUGAUUUGAAUGAAGAACAUCGACUGAGAAAUGUGUUCUGGGUUGAUGCUAAAGGGUUAGAAGAUUUUGCUUAUUUUUCUGAUGUUGUCUCUUUUGACACAACAUAUUUCACAAGCAAGUAUAAAAUACCCUUGGUACUUUUCAUUGGAGUAAACCAUCAUAUUCAACCAACAUUGCUUGGCUGUGCAUUGAUUGCCGAUGAGACAAUAUAUACUUAUGCCUGGUUACUGCAAACAUGGUUAAUAGCAAUGGGCGAGCGAGCUCCACAAGUCAUUCUCACUGACCAAAAUGAUGCUAUUAAAGCAGCGGUUGCUGCUGUUCUUCCAGGAACACGUCAUUGUUUUUGUUUAUGGCAUGUUUUGGAAAAGAUACCAAAACAACUUGAAUUUUUAAGUGCAUGGCAUGAUAGCUUCAUGGAAAAAUUUAACAAAUGUAUAUAUAAAUCAUGGACGGAGGAGCAAUUUGAAAAGAGAUGGUGGAAGUUGGUUGACAGGUUUAACCUUAAAGAGGUUGAAUGGGUCCAAUCCUUGUAUGAUGAUCGUACAUUUUGGGUGCCAACUUUUAUGAGAGAUAUUUCUUUUGCUGGCUUGUCUACUAGUUCAAGGUCAGAAAGUUUAAAUACUUUGCUUGACAACUAUAUCCAUGCUGAUACUUCGUUGAAGGAAUUUAUAGAACAGUACCAAGUGAUUCUUGAAGAUAGACAUGAAGAGGAAGCCAAAGCAAAUUUUGAUGCAUGGCAUGAAACACCUGAGUUGAAAUCUCCUUCCCCUUUUGAAAAACAGUUGUUGUCAGUUUACACACAUGAAAUUUAUAAGAAGUUUCAGUUUGAGGUUUUGGGUGCAGCUGCUUGCCAUCUUAAGAAAGAAAGUGAUGGUGUGACUACUACUUAUGCUGUAAAAGACUUUGAAAAUAAUCAAAACUAUAUGGUAGAAUGGAACACAUCAAACUCAGAUAUUUGUUGUUCAUGCCACUUGUUUGAAUAUAAAGGCUACCUUUGUAGACAUGCUAUUGUUGUUCUACAAAUGUCUGGUGUUUUCAGCAUCCCACCAAAGUAUAUAUUGCAAAGAUGGACAAAUGCUGCUAUGAGCAGGCAUCCUAUUGGUGAAAAAUUGGAAGAGAUUCAAUCCAAGGUCCGGCGAUUCAAUGAUUUAUGUAGACGAGCCAUUAUAUUGGGUGAAGAAGGUUCUUUGUCUCAAGAAAGUUACUAUACUGCUUUAGGUUCCAUAAGUGAAGCUCUGAAGCAAUGUACAAAUUUGAACAACUCUGUUGAGAAUGGUAUGAGACCUGAUGCCAUAGCUACCAAUGUUGUCUGCAAUGUUGAGUAUCAACCUUUUAUUACAUCUAACAAUAAGGUCCCUGAUCCUACUACGGCUAAGAAGACUGUGAGGUCUGAUGUGGCUGGUACUGGUAGGAGUCCAGGAACUGUUGAAAAUAGUGAAGGAAAUAAAGGAAAGGUAUCUCAGCUUGAAGCAGUGAGCAGGAAAGACGGUUUUCAAGAAAUGGAGCCAACUGAUCUAAGGUCACACAAUGUCAUGCCGAUGCAGUUUCACAGUAUGGUGCCACCCCUAUUCCAUAAUGUUUCGCCACCGUUUCAUACUGCAGCUUCAACUCAUUUGCAUGAGAACCGUCUUCCUCGUUAGCUGUAUUUUUCUAAGAAGAUCUGUGUUGUCCAAUGUAUUAUAGAACUGUACAUAAAAGAUGCUAAUUGUGAAAGGCAUACAUCUUUCGCUUAUGGUAUCUGUUUUGCAGUGAGGGUUGACAGCAAUUGAGUUCGAUAGUUUUGCUGCUAACUUGCGGACAUUUAUAUUCCAAAAGUAGGCUCACCAUCGACGUAAGUUUUAUGUAUUCAUGUUCUGUUAGGUUUGUGCAAUGUGGUGGUAGAUGCAUAUCGUUUUGACUGUAUGUAGUGUUGAUGUUGCGCACCUUAGUAAGACAUAUGGAAUGAAAUUGCAACUCAAGGAUUUCGAUUUGUUCUAA